AUGUCCAUAGCUGCAAGCUUAAUCCUACCAUGCCCUAAUACUGUCUCAUGGAUAUAUACAUAUUCCCUUAAUUAUAAGAGAAAUACAUAUUCCCUUUCGAUCUCCAAGAAGGUCAAGUACUCAGAAAUAACAAAGAUUACAUAUUCCCUUAAUAAUAAGCUUGGGGAAGGUGGUUAUGGUGCUGUUUUCAAAGGAAAGCUACAUGAUGAUCAUCUUGUUGCUGUGAAAUUCUUACAUGGCUCCAAAGGAAACGGGGAGGAGUUUGUGAAUGAGGUUAUGAGCAUUGGCAGGACCUCUCAUGUUAAUAUUGUUAGCUUAUUUGGAUUCUGUUUGGAGGGCUCUAAACGAGCCUUAAUCUAUGAGUACAUGCCCAAUAGUUCUUUGGACAAGUACAUAUACUCGGAGAAUCCUAAAGGAAUUUUAGGAUGGGAUAAACUCUAUAAAAUAGCGAUAGGGAUUGCACGAGGGUUAGAAUACUUGCACCAUAGUUGUAAUACACGCAUCGUCCAUUUCGACAUCAAGCCUCAAAAUAUCCUUAUAGAUCAGGACUAUUGCCCGAAAAUUGCUGAUUUCGGUUUGGGCAAAUUAUGUCAAACCAAAGAGAGCAAGCUUUCAAUGGCAGGUGCUAGAGGAACAGUUGGGUUCAUAGCUCCAAAAGUGCACUCUCGAACUUUCAGAGUUGUUUCAACAAAAUCGGAUGUUUAUGGUUACGGAAUGAUGCUGCUAGAGAUGGUUGGAGGCAGGAAAAAUGCAAAAUCAGUGGCUCCAAAGUCAAGUGAAAAGUAUUUUCCACACUGGAUUUAUGACCACUUUGGUCAGGAUGAUGGAUUACUGGCUUGUGAAGUCACACAUGAAGAUGAGGGAAUCGCUAAAAAAAUACUACCUAUGCUUUCAAUGAAGUAGAUGUUGACACUUCUUAGCGUCAGUACUAGGAAUCAUAAUUCCCAGCAAUGGCGCCAGAAGCGGUUAACCGUAUGCCAGUAUAUUUACAGAAUGAAUCCACAAGCGGAUGGAUAUACCGUUGUAGCAUUUUACCCGAAAGUAUUCCAUAGGUAUCGUAUUUGUUUAUCCCAAGGGAAGAUUUGGUAAGAAAAUACUUUGCUCUUAUUUACAUUGCACUAAUGUAGAUCAAAGUUCAUGCAGGGGUAAGUGAUAAAGCAUAGGGUAGGUCGAUACAAGGAAGAAUACUCUCACACAAAAAAAGAAUCUCUAGGCUAAGCAGUCAGGGGAAAGAAAAGACUAAUUUAUGUACUUCUAUUAUAAUUCAGUUUUAGUAUUCACUUGCUAUAGUAUAUAUUAAUAUGGUUAUAACCCCCUAACACGGUCCCCCUGGUAUAUCGGGACACCACUCCGGACUGCCGAGUUCCUUACAACAGCCCGUCAUGGCUACACAACCGGCUAUAGGAUGCGGAGGAGCACCCACACUAGGAAAUCGUCCUAGAACUAAACGCGAACAUGAGGGCGCACCCGUCCCGAGCUGUCCCAUCGGCGGCCAG